AUGCAGUCUCUCCAGGAACUCAACCUUCUACUUACGUAGCCUCAAGAAGGGCUCUUGUCUGUGGCCCAGCAAAGUUAAAAGGGACUGGUGGGAAGUCGCAGCCUGGAAAUAUUUAAGGCCUCCAAACGGUGGGCGAUCUUAAGAUGUCCUUGAGCAGUGGUGUGCCAGGAGGGAAAGGUCUGGAUACAAAUCCUGUGGAGACCUAUGAUAGUGGUGAUGAAUGGGACAUUGGAGUUGGUAAUCUGAUUAUUGACCUGGACGCAGACCUAGAGAAGGACCAACAGAAAUUAGAGAUGUCUGGCUCCAAGGAGGUAGGCUUGCCAGCCCCAAAUGCAGUGGCCACUCUUCCUGACAAUAUUAAGUUUGUGACACCAGUGCCCAGUAACCAGGGUAAGGAGUCCAAAUCAAAAUCAAAGAGGAACAAAAAUAGCAAGGAUGGAGGCAGGGGCAGUCAGGCCUCCACUGGACUUUUUCAGAGUGUGGAAGGUUCCAAGAAGGAAGUGACUGGACGUUCAGUGGAGGUUGGGGUAAGCUCUGGGGCUCCUUCUGCCACUUCAUCUUCUUCCAAGGGAAGUGAGAAGGGUGGCAAGGCUGCACGAAACUCAUCUGCCUCCAAAAAGGAGAGUGGGAAGGCAAAGAAGGACAAGAAUGAUUUAGUGGUUGGAGGUGGUGAUAAAGAACCUUCAUGUGUUCUGCAGACAGCUCCUGGAGGUGUUGGGAGGGCUACCUUAGUACAAGAGACAGUGGGAGCUGCUGUAGACCAAAUGGGAGGUGGGAUGGCAGUAGAUGGAGCAAGUGCUGGGAUUAAAACUGAAUCAGAAGAUCCAGAAGCAGAGAAUCGGGGACUGAAGAAAAUCAAAACAGAGUUGGUAAGUGCAGUAUGCAUUCUAAUAAUUUAAUGUUGUUAAAAACUU